AAAAUGGAGGCUGAGUUGAGGAUUCGGAACGCGAUCGAAACCGACGUGGAGGAGAUUUACAGAAUCCACACUGAAGCCAUCAAAAAGAAGUGUUCUACUCGCUAUGGCGCGGAAGAUGUUUCUGCUUGGGUUGCUAGACAGGAAAAAGCGAAGUAUCUACCUUUUAUAGUAGCGAAUGAAAUCAUAGUAGCAGAGAUCGCUCAGAGCAGAAGAGUUGUGGGGUUUGGCCAUCUAACUGCAGAUACAGGAGCAGAUUCUGACGAAACUGCUGAUGGAAAAGCUAUGCAGAUCAGGGGACUCUUUGCUGAUCCUGACUGCGGUGUUAAGGGGGUGGGAACCGCGCUGGUAAAGGAACUCGAGAACAGAGCAAAGGAAUUUGGAGCCGUGCGCGUCAAGGUGAACUCUUCUCUAAAUGCUGUUGAAUUUUACAAGAAAUGUGGUUUCUUCGCACUCGACAUUACACGCCAUCAGAUAUCAGAGCAAUCUUGUCUGCAAUGUCAAAAAAUGAUAAAAUACUUGUGACCUCGGGAGCAUGAUGUUUGUGUGACUAUUAACGUGACGGAAAAGGAAAGUCACUGAAAUAGCUGCUUCUCUGUCCUCUUUGGCAAGACAAUACCAUUUCAUGAUUAUGCCUUGAUUUUCGAAGUUAACAUUGUUGAUUUUAAACCUCAUCCAUAGACAUAUGAUCUAACAGUUUUCAUCUCAGAAUUUGUUAGUUUUGACAGCUAAAGUCAACAUGAAUAUGAACAAUUGUGCUCGGAGAAUGAAUUUUCAUCAUUUUCAAAGUUACCAGCUCCAGACCUCCGUCGAGUUGUUAUCUCUAUUUGGCUCAUCUGAGACAACAGAUAUGGAGCUAGCGUAUAGGUUAUAUGCCCUCCUUUCAGCGUGAUUUGGAGCAGAAACGUAUGUCCACUUUACUCUUUAAAAUUAAAACAAAUUUUUCAUUUACUAAAAAAUUGCAAACUUGAAGCCGGGACAUUGCUAGCUCGAUCCAGACGAUUUGGCUUAUAUAAGACAUCAGACAUGCAACUAACGUAUAGUUUAUAGGCUUAGUUUAACUCUUAGGGUAAUAAAUGGUCACAUCUUUUUUGGACUUUUUUUUAUAUCAAUCUACAAAACUAUUUUCAAAACUAACGGUGCUUGCGGUACUGUUAUAAUCACUGUUUGCAACACAGACAAUACUUACAAAGCUAACAUCAUUUGCAACACUAACAUUAGUUAAGUACUAAUAGCACUUGUUUGAAUACUAAUCUUAUUUUA